UCCUUCGAACAUGGCCGGCUUGGAUGUUGAUUCGGUUUUGAGACGCAUCGGCCAAUUCGGUCCUUAUCAGAUUCGCAUCUUAGCUCUGUUCACGUUCAUCUUCUUCCCCAUCACAUAUCAAACGCUGAUCAUGGUGUUUGUGGCGUACGAGCCUCCUUGGAUGUGUGCUAAGCACAGCGUGGCAUGUUUGGAAUCAAAUAACUCAUCGCCUAACAGCUCUUCAGUAGAGAGUGCUGUUUACAGCACAUCUACCAAACCUAAACAGCUUUAUGAAAGAAGAUGUUCUUUGAAGAGAAGCGACUGGAAGUUUGCUGAGUACGAUCUCUAUGAAGGACCACAUGAGACUAUUGUAACCGAGUUUGACUUGGUGUGUAGCCGUGGGAUGCUGGGGUGGCUCGCAAAUUCCAUGCUGUUCAUUGGCUGGGCAGUCGGUGCCAUCGUGUUGGGUUUCAUCGCCGACCGAUAUGGCCGAAAAAGUGUCCUGUUCCCUUCCGUGUUAAUAGUGCUGCUGGUGACGUUUGCUAUGGCGUUUGCUAAGGCGUUCUGGAUCAUUGCUGUUUGCCGAGUAAUUAUCGGGUUUUUCGAGGCUGGUUGUUUUCUGUCAAUGUUCGUAUUGGCCACCGAACUGGUUGGGCCUGAGAGAAGAGCAUUAGCUGGGACCCUUGUUUGGUUCUACUUCACCGCAGCCCUAAUGAUUUUGGGACUGAAGGCCUUUUUUAUUCGUAAAUGGAGAACACUACUCAUUGUAUCAUCAGCACCGUGGAUUUUCAUCCUCGUAUUCUGGAAGUUCAUUCCCGAAUCAGUGAGGUGGCUUCUUGUUAAGGGAAAAAAAGAGGAAGCUCGAGAAAUUUUGUCUAAUGUCGCCAAAGUGAACAAGAAGGAGAUGCCAAGCGAAGAACUACGUGUCCCAGUAACCACCGCGAGCAAGGGGAUCUUUGAGCUGUUUAAGACAUGGAAUAUGGCAAAGUUGUCUUUGAUCCAGUGUUAUGCUUGGUUCGUGAACGGCAUGGUGUAUUACGGGCUGUCACUGAGUUCAGGAGAAUUUGGAGGAAGUAUCUAUUUGAAUUUUGUUCUGACGAGUUUGGUAGAAAUCCCUGGAAAUAUACUGGUUAUCCACAACUGUAACAGGUUUGGUCGUCGAAAAACGUUGGUAGCUUACAUGGUUCUAGCAGGAGUCACUGUGGUGGCUGUUUCCUUGAUCCCAAAUGGCACUAAUAACACAGGUUACAUCGCUGGUCGAGUGACGCUUGGCACUCUGGGUAAACUCUGUAUUACUACGUCUUUCAACGCUAUUUACGUUUUCUCGGCUGAACUUUUCCCAACGAUUGUCAGAAACAGCGGGAUGGGUAUGGUAUCUGUAGCAAGUCGUAUUGGGGCAGCCAGCUCUCCCUUUGUGGUGGAGAUGACUCGUAUUAACGCCAUUUUUCCUUUCGCCUUGAUGGGAAGCUUGUCAUUCAUUGCCGCAGUUUUUUGCUGGUUACUUCCGGAGACCCUUGGGAAACACACCGCCGAAGUUAUGGAAGACACCGAGAAACAACAGGAUAAGGACUAUUCUCUGGAAGUACUAAAAAAGCUGACUGAGGACUGACGAAUUUCUUACCUCAUUUACCUGAAAUAUUAAGUCCCUCGACAUCUACCAACGAUUUUAACUUGAG